AUGGCCGACACUUCUGCUCAACGGAGCAACCUGAAGGACUUUCUAAGUUCUAUAGCAACCAUCAAAGGCGAUCUCAGCAACAUCACCGCACCACCAUUCGUGCUCGCCGACAAGUCCACAACAGAGUUCCCACGCUACUGGGUCGAACACCCAGAACUAUUCUGCGCACCCGCCAAGGAACAGAGCCCCGAACGCCGCCUCCUCGCCGUAGUGAAAUGGUUCCUCUCCAGUCUCAAAGGCCAGCAGUACGCCGGUCGAGACCCCUCUGACGGCGUCAAGAAGCCCCUCAACGCCUUCCUCGGAGAGAUCUUCGCGGGCUCCUGUGGAACGGAAGACGACAAGACCGUUCUCGUCAGUGAACAAGUGAGCCAUCAUCCACCAGUCACGGCCUGCUAUCUCUGGAACGACAAAGCUGGUGUCCGAGCAGAGGGGUUCACUAGGCAGGAGAUUACGUUCAGCGGGAGCGUGAAUAUUCAGCAGAUCGGGCAUGCGGUGUUGCAUAUCGAUCAGUAUGACGAGGACUACCUCAUCCCGUUGCCGAAUGUGAAGGUGAAGGGAAUCUUGACUGGUGGGCCUUACCCUGAGUUAACGGAGCCGUGCACGAUUGUCUCUUCUGCUGGAUUUGUGGCGGAUGUGGACUUCAGUGGCAAGAAGUUGCUUGGGAUGUCAGGGGACAAGAACCACGUCCAUGCUACGAUCCACAGCACGGAUGACAAGAAAGGGAAGGACCCGAUCUUCACUGUGGAUGGUAAUUGGACUGAGACUUUGACGUUCAAAGACGGCAAAGACAACACUGUCGAUACAUACCAAGUGGGCUCCUCGCCAGCCACGGACUUCCAGACCCUACCAGUAGACAAACAAGACCCCUGGGAAUCUCGCAAAGCCUGGGAUGGCGUGAUCUCAUCCAUCCAUUCGGGGAACAUGCAGGGCGUGGCUGACAACAAGAACGAGCUGGAGAACGCGCAGCGGGAGUUGAGGAAGAAGCCUGAGACUAGUGAGGAGAACUGGAAAGCAUUGUUCUUCCGGAAGGAGGAUGGUGACCAGGUGGCGCAGAGACUGUUGGAUGUGACCGGCGAGAAGAUGGAUGUGAAUGCCACUUGCGGUGUGUGGAAGUUUGAUCGGGAGAGGUGGGAGAAGGCUGAGCGGCCUUGGAGGGAGGGGGUGACGCCGUAUGGUUAG